CAUCACCAUACGGGAAGAUGGGAUACGAGCAGGAUCAGGCGACUUUGAAUCCGUACCGGAUGCGGUAUCAAGCCCCAGGCCACGAGAUCAGGCACUAACUAGGCACCAAGAGCCAAGGCACCGAGGCAGAGUUAUCCGAUCUAACACCUCAGGCAUUCCAACGUCCAGGCAUCCAGACAUUCAGGCAGAGGUGAGAAAAAUCAAGGCACUAAGGCAGGAGCUAUCCGUCGUCACUGACUAAUGGCACGUGACUAUGGCCGGCGGAAGUCGGCUGGGAACGCAGAAGCAUCAAGAUGCAAUCCCCUCCGCCGACAGUGGAAUUGUCCCCGAUCCGUGCAUUCAGCGGCCACUCAUUACCCUGCCUUCCUCCUGAACGUACCAUCGGUCUUCGUGUGGCUGACGGACUCAACCCAUUUUCCUUGAUAACGAACCCUCCCUAACACACUCCUCAAUUCAUCACAUCAUGGGCGCCGGCAGCUCCAAGCCCGAGGCCUCGGCCGGCUCGACACACGUUUUCACGAGCAACUCCCCCGUUCAAUUCUCCUCCAACCUAGUUGAGUCCCUCCAGAACAACACCGAGACCGACUCCUCCCGCGCCAAAGCCCUCGAACUCCAGAUCCAAGCGCGCGUCUCGGAAGAACUCGAACGCCUCCGCGCCCGCGAACAGCAGACCCUCGCGGAGAUCGAGAAGCGCCUCGCCGAAGUCAAAGACACCGCCACCUCUUCCUCUUCAUCAGCAUCCUCCACAUCCACCCCGAACAUCGCCUACCCGCCGGGCUCCCUGAACCUGGAUGCGCCCCGCAUCCCCUUCGCCGGCCGCGAGGCCACCCCCGCCGCUGCCGCGGCCCCGGAGGCCCAGAAGCCCAUCAACCUGGACGUGUCGCGGGACUCGGUGAACUCGGAGAUCGAGGAGCUGCGCGCCCGGCUCGAGGGCCGGCGGCGGUUGGCGCAGCUGGACGGGGAGGUGGAGAAGGCCCGGGCGGAGGUGGUGGGUUGUCUGCGGUUGAACGACCGGCGGCCGCUGAACUGCUGGAAGGAGGUCGAGAGCUUUAAGCGCGAGGUCGCGAAGAUGGAGGAGGCGUUUGUGGAUCGGAUUGUCGGUUAAAGUCGGGGAUAAAAUGGGCAGACAGACAGAAAGACAGAGACGGGGGGGAUCUUUGGGAACAUGCGUCCACUGACGCUUGUGUAAAGUGUGUUGUUAGUUCUGUGUGAGUGUAUGUGUUAGCUAUGUUGUUUCUUUAUGAAUAGAUUCGAUUCCUGUGGUUUUUCCUUCUUGGUUUGUGUCAUGAUGUAUAUGUCCGUCGAAUUGGGGUUUAUUUUGGCUGCUUGCUCCAUAGAUUCAAGCACUUGUUUCCG